CAGUCGUGUCUGUUGUCAUGUCUUAAUAAAUAAACUGAAAUCAAUUAACUGUGAUUCUACUUAGUCAAAGUUUUUGUGUUAAUUUCAUGACAAUCCAUUACAAUAAUGGAAGAAAAAUGCGAAGAAUUUCGUCUUCGUGGAUCAAAUAUAUUUCGAUCUUUGAGACCAAAAAGAGAGAAAAGUGCAAGCAAAAAGAAAACCAGCAGCUCGAAAUCAAUGUUUUCAUCUUUGCUUUUGGCAAACUACGAACAACAAUUGCAGUUUGAUCCACACUCAACUUAUUCAUGCAACUUAUCUUUGGACAAUCUAAGAACAAAUUCGCGAGAAAUAUUGACUCAGAAAUAUCAACAAAAAAGUGUGAAAAACACCAAAAGUGACAACAUUUCCGUUAAUGGAAAAGAUGAAACCAAAUCUGUUGAAGUUUGUGAGACGUGGGAUCACAAAACAACAAUAAUUCCAGUUGAUCCAUAUAUUUUUGAAGUCUAUGAAGAUGUUUUGUGUAACAUUCAACAAUAUUUGAAUAAAAAUUCAAAUUUAGACAUUGACAUUGACUUUCCGACUAUUAAUGAAGACACCGCAAUAAAAUAUAUCAAAGAUGCGUUUGAAAUCAAUGACAGUAAACAUGAAGAGAUUCUUGAAAAAAUGUCUCAAGUAAAAGUUGACACAACAAAGGAAAAUGAAAACAAAAACAUGAAGCGAAAAAGUUUUUGUGUUUUAUCAAUUCAACUUUUUGAUUACGAAGCUUUGAGAGCUUACACUUAUCUAUUGAAAAUUCUACUGAAACAUGAAUUGGAUACUUCACAAACGCCACAUAAUUAUUGGCUUGGUAAUUUUAGUUUUCUUGGACGGUCAGUGUUGGCAUUGUAUUCGAAGGCAAAACAUUUAACAGAAGGUCAGCUAACAUUGUGUCGAUUGUCAGCUUACGCAGAAAUUCAUCAAAAGCAUCCGCUAAAUUUAGCGGUCUUCGUUAACUUACUUAAUUCAGUGAUCGAAGUUUUACAACAUGAAACAUUUAUUGAUGCUAACAAAAACUUAAUGACAUCUGCAAAGCUUUAUCUUCCAUCAUGUUUUGGAAUGGCAACCGACAACGAUAACGACGAUCUUGUUAACGAAAAUACUCAAAAUGAUCAAACAAAAUCAGAAAACGAGUUAAUUAUUGAAAUGUUUUGGAGAGCAACAAAGAUUUUAAGUGAAUGUUUUUUCAAAUUCAUUGAAGAGUUUUACGGAGAAAACAAUCUGGAUUUUAUCAAGGAGGAAAUUCUUUGCAAAUUAAUGAUCAUUCAGGGGAGAAUUGAGAAAAUUGAUGUUCCGGAAGAAUUGAUGAAAAAAAUAAGCUUUGAUGAAGUAAUCAAAAGAUCAAUUACAACAGGAACGGACAAGUUCAUAAAUAAAGCUGUCAGAUUCGAUCAUCUGAAAAACGAAAAUAUUGAAACAGAAAUCAAAUUAAAUGAACUUAUAAAAUUAAUGGAGGAAUCGCACAAAGUUUACGAAUUUGUUGUUGAAAAAGUCAAAACAAUUUUAACGAGUGAAGGAAACUCAAGUUACAAAAAGCAUUUGUACGACACUUUUGAUAAAAAACUAUCAAAUAUCAUCAAGCCGAUUGUGAUCAAAAUAAACAAAUCCAAUAAAGUUGACAAUUUACCUGAAUCAAUCACCGAAACAACAAAAAAGUUAUUUCAACUUUAUAUCCUUUUAAAGAAGUUUUCGGACGAGGGUUUGGAAAGUUUUGGAUGUCAAGAUUUCCAUAUGAAAGAAUAUUUUAGAUGGUUCGAUAGUGGGAGUAGUAGAACUGCAAGAACUUCGGUAUUUAAUGCACUUGCAAGGAUCGAACGAGCGAUUGCAGGAGACAAUCUUAAGUCAUUGAAUAGCAGCACAAAGUAUUCAACAUCAGCAGUUGACACUGUAACAAUCCUUGGUUCGAUUAAGAAUUUCUGGAAUAACAUGAAAUUGUUGAAUGUCACCAAAAAUGAAAACAUUGACAAAAAUGUUGUCAGUGACAUUUGCAGAUUUUCAAUGAUUUAUUUUGAGAAAAUUUCGAAUCAUGUUGAGAAAUCAGAUGCAAUGAGAAAUCUUGGGAUAUUCAAAGUGCCUGUUGAAGUUUGCAUUUGCGUCUGUAACAUUUCUCAUGUCUGUCAAAAUCUUCAAUUUUUAUUUACUGAACAUUCAUUAAACAAUUCGAGAUUAUGUGAGAUAACACUUGAAUAUGCAAAAUUAAAAUCAACAAAUCUGAUUCAAAUUUCAAUUGAUAAAAUGAUUCCAUCCAUGAGAAAAUUGAUUCUCGAAGGUGCUGACAUUGUAAAAAAGGAAAGCGAUAUUGGUGAUCGUUUUCUGACUUACAUUGAAGAUUCAUGGACGACACUCAAUGAAGAUCUUUAUGAAGCAGAUUACAAAAUUGCUAGAAAUCUUUUAUGGAAAACAAUUCUAAAUGUUUUCUCUGACUUAAUUCAGAAAAGUUUGGAAGUUCAGAGACCUCCAAUUUUUUACUCAAACUUAAGAAUUAUUCUUCAUGCAUCACAAGAUGUGUUCAUGAAUUCGACAAUGACUGAGAAAACAGAAACUUUAGUAGUGGAAAAAGUUAAGCAACUUGAUUACCUUCUUGAGCGCUAUGGUCUGAACACUGCUAAGUUAAUUCAUCAGUAUUAUAAAGAUCGCUACACAAUGCAACAACAUAUUAGCAAGUCACCUUUUCAUCCUUACGGUAUCUUGUCGGUUCAUUGUCACUUCAAGCACAACAUAUUGAAGCUUGAAAUACUUAACGCCAAAAAUCUGGUGCCAAUUGGAAAUAAUCGUAAAUGUGAUUCGUUCGUUAAGAUCAACAUCGUUCCCGCAGAUGAUUUUCUGAAAUUUCAAGAUCUAAAAACGAAAGUUGAUAUUGACACGCAUUUUCCACUUUAUGAACAAUCAUUUGACAUUGAUUUGACUUCUCAACAACGUUCAUUAAAAGAUGCGAUCAUUGUUUUCACAAUAAAAGGAAAGUCAUUGUUCACAAGUAGUCAAUGCUUGGCAGAAGCUUUUCUAAAAUUUAACGACAUUCCUGAGAUGAGUCAUGAGCAGAAAAUUCAGAAACAGAUUCAUUUAACAUUGACAAGACUUCAGAAUGACGGCAUGGAAUCUCUCAAAGCACUCCAACAAAGAAGUCAAGCUGGUGAUAAACAAGCUAAAGAUUUUCUCUCUAAAAUCAAAGCUUUAACAGUAAAUACUUCAACCAAAACGAACUCACCGGUCACAAUUCUCUGAUAAAAUAAAAUGAAUUAAACAUUCAACACAUGAACUCGUUGACGACUGAAACCGUGAAGGGCCAAGUAACACGCGUAACUUUUUCAUUAAAGUUUUAUUUGGUAAUUGAAAUUGAAUUUCUCAGAUCUUAACUUUAAUAAUAAAAAACAAGAAAGAAAAUAAAACUGAAGUAGAACGGUAAAAAAUCAACAAAGAAAUGUUUCUUUUUAAAUUUUCACGUUUUUCUUCUUAACAAUGGUCGAAGUCGUUCCGCUCAAUUUAG